AGAGAACGGCAGCGGCGUCGAUGGCGGCACAACCAAAGAUAAAUAACAACCAAGCGAGAAGAGUCAGGCAUCUUCCCGCCCGGUGACUCGGGUCGAAACUUCUCGGGAGAGCGGAAUAUUUAAUUGGGUAGAUCCUGAGGAAUUGAAACGAAGCUUCGAAAACGCAUCUCACAAUCCUUUCGAGUCUAUGGAAGCCCGCGUGGAGCCGCGGAGUUUCCACGCGCUCACUGUCAGUCGCUGGACCAACUCCACGAUGAGCAACGGAGUCGUCGGAGCUUCGCAAGGCGACGAGUUGCAUUGUACUGGCUGUCAGAAACCCAUUCGGGAGAGAUAUCUACUCAAAGCACUAGAACAGUUCUGGCACGAAGACUGUUUGAAGUGCGCAUGCUGUGAAUGCCGUUUAGGAGAAGUUGGAAGUACCUUAUUCACGAAGAGCAAUCUCAUUCUCUGCAAGAGAGACUAUCUUCGGUUGUUCGGCACGACGGGACUAUGUUGCGCCUGCGAGAAAGGAAUUCCUGCGUUCGAGAUGGUUAUGCGUGCAAAGGGGAACGUCUAUCAUUUAGAUUGUUUCGCCUGUCAGCAGUGCAAUUUGAGAUUUUGCGUCGGGGAUCGAUUCUUUCUCCACGAAAACCGGAUACUUUGCGAAACCGACUACGAAGCUGUGAGACGGAACUCAACCUCAAACUCACCAAGACUGCCCCUAGCCACUCUGCAGCAACACACGAAAGGUAUCGAUGCGCCGUGCGAUAGCGUUUUUGAUUCACGAUGAGGAGGAAAGUCAUCCGCAUCGAUUGCAUCAGUUUUCGAUUCGAGGAGAAGCCUCUGAAAACCCACAUAACGAAUCCAUCGUCUCAACCCUGAGAAGCCCCGAGCGCGCCUGCGCCGACAAAUGAUGUAUACUACCAGGGCUGGAUUUUCACCAGCGAAAAAAAUUAUCUCAGGAAAAUGCUGGAUUCCCAACCAUAGCUGGC